AUGGAAUAUCGCAGGGAUUCUUCACGCAUUUCCGAUGAAGAAGAUUCUUUAUGGGCCAGAAUAAGUAGUAAUAUGUCAGAACUGGAAAGAAUUGAAGACAAGGAAAUAGAAUUAUCCAAAACAAUUAAUCAACAGCAUGAACUAAUUCAUCAAACCAAUUUAAUAACUCCGGAAGUUAGGGAUAAACUCAAGAACUUGUACAAAAAGGCACAAGAGCAGGUUUCUCAUGAAGAAAAUAUGACUAAUACAAUAAUUAAAGAUAUUGAUAAAUUUCUUGCAUUGCAGUCACAAAUAAGUAAACAAUCUUUAAAGGUCGCAACAUCAGCCAAUGAAGAUAGUAUACAUAAAAAAUCUAAAAAAAGAGAUCACGAAACAACUGGUCUAAGUAGUGGGGUGAACAAGCAAAUGAAAAAAUCCAAGGUCGUGUCGAAAAAUAAUGGAAAUAUCAUCAAGAAUGGAACCUUUGUAGCUGCAAAGCAACCAAAAUCCAAAGAUCCCGAGGAAAACUGGAUUUUGGCAACGGUCGUUGAUUACCGAGCUGAUACUAAGCACUAUGAAAUCGAGGAUAUAGAUAAAGACGAGGCGUUAAACAGGCCCGGAGAGCGUUUUUCGGUGCCCUCUAAAAAUGUUAUUGAAAUCCCUAAUCAAGGAGAAAUGCGAAUACCAGAAUUUCCACAGUCACAUACGGUUAUUGCUUUGUAUCCUAGUACAACAUGCUUUUACAAAGCGGUUGUGGUUACGCCCCCUAGCAAGUCAACACCUCGGAAUCAUUAUUUGCUCGCUUUUGAAGAUGAUGAAGGUGUCCAUAGACACGUCGAAGCGCAUCAUGUCUUAGAAAUGCCUGAUGAUAUCAAAUGA